AAGAAGAGCCAAUCUAUAUUCCAAAAGGAUUUAGUUGAUUUUGUCUUCUUUCUUCAUCACCAUUAACAGUGAUAAUGUCUUCAUUGCCUUAUAGUUCUUGGCCUCUGAUACUGUUGUUAGCAUUAUGGUGCAUGGUAGCUAGAGAAUCAAACGGAGCUUCCAACAAUGUAAAAGUUGGAAGCAUUUCAAAGGUGGAAGAUGCUGAGAAUUUCCAUAUCUAUUAUGGACAGACUUUUAAAGUCAUCAAGAAUGCCAUUGAUGGCAAGAGCUAUCUCCUUAUUCAGAACACUUCUAGAAUGGCGGUCCGGACAAAGUAUUGUACUUCCAGGAUAAAGUCUUAUGUGAUUCCACUUCUAAAUUACUCAUUAGACACUCAAUCUUCUCAAGGAGGCGUUCCGGUUUCUUUCUUCGAGCUACUUGGAUUACUCGGAAGCUUGAAGGGAAUAACAUCGGAUGCGGUAGCUUCACCGUGUCUUCUGAAACUGUGUGAGGCAGGGGAAGUAGUUAAGCUUGACAAAGGUGACCAACAAGGGCAGGUACUAUCUCAAUUCGCGGCGCAUUUCAUCAGCGACACGGAUCAACCUCAGACUUGCAAUUUUGCAAACUUUUUUCCACUUAGUGAAGGCACACCUCUUCAGCGAGCGGAGUGGAUCAAAUUCCUUGGAGCUUUUACCAAUCUUGAAACUAAAGCCAAUCAAGUCUAUGACGCGGUUAAAGCAAGCUAUACUUGCUUGUCUCAAAUGGCUGCCAACAAGACAAAAUCCUUCAAGCCUAUUGUAGCCUGGAUGGGAUAUGAUCAAAAUGGAUGCAUGUGGAGUUUUACUAAGGAUUCACACAAGCUCAAGUUUGUAGAAGAUGCGGGUGGUGAAAAUAUUGACAAGUCUAUAAACAAGGUCUCUUACAAUGUCUCUGAUCCUGAUGAUUUGGAAGCACUCCAUGCCAUUUUAUGUACUGUAGAUGCGGUGAUCGAUGAAACGCUAUCGUCUGACCCUCUAAAUUACACACAGACGACGUUCUUGGGGAACAUAAACGUGGAUGAUAACACUUGUUUUGCGUUUCUUGCAAAUCAAAGCAUCUGGAGAUAUGACAAACGGGUCAGAAAUGGAACAACUCUUGACUGGUACGACGGAGCAAUCUCGCAACCAAAUCUUGUACUGGCUGACAUUGUUGAAGCCUUGUUUCCAACGGGAAACUAUACAACUUCGUACUUCAGAAACAUUGCUAAGGGUGAAGGAGUCAUAAACAUUAGUCCGGAUAUGUGUGAUAGAGACGCAUCAUUGCCAUCAGCCAUUGAUCCCAAAACAGGAUCCGUCUUCGCCGGAAGAGCUAUCCGAAAGAGAGCUUCGGAGUCUUAUCCCAAUCGAACUUCGAUAAUCUACGGACAAACUCGUUUCACUUGGCCUCAGACCUAUGACCGUUGCUGUCGUCUGGCCGCUUCUCUCCUAUCUCUUAACAUCGCCAAGAACGAUGUGGUAUCUGUUGUUGCUCCAAACACACCGGCCAUGUAUGAAAUGCACUUUGCCGUUCCCAUGGCUGGAGCUGUACUUAACCCUAUCAACACUCGUUUGGACGCAACAUCCAUUGCGGCAAUCCUCCGCCACGCCAAGCCCAAGAUCUUAUUCAUAGACCGCAGUUUUGAGCUCUUGGCUCGAGAAAUCCUCCAUCUACUAUCAUGUGACGACUCACAGCUAAACUUGCUGGUUGUAUUCAUUGAGGAUAACAAGUUCCCUAAAAGGGUUUCGUCUGAGGAGUUAGACUACGAGUGUCUCAUCCAGAGGGGAGAGCCUACACCCUCCUUGGUGGCACGUAUGUUCCGUAUUCAAGACGAGCAUGAUCCAAUCUCCUUAAACUACACAUCGGGUACCACGGCCAACCCAAAAGGUGUUGUGAUUAGCCACCGAGGAGCUUAUUUGUGCACAUUAAGCGCGAUUAUUGGUUGGGAAAUGGGGACCUGUCCUGUCUACCUUUGGACUCUACCUAUGUUUCAUUGCAAUGGAUGGACAUUUACAUGGGCUACCGCGGCGCGAGGGGGUACAAGUGUGUGUAUGAGGCACGUGACUGCCCCAGAGAUCUAUAAAAACAUAAAAAUGCAUAGCGUGACGCAUAUGUGUUGUGUUCCUACGGUUUUCAACAUUCUUCUGAAAGGGAAUCCGCUUUACCUAUCACAUAGGUCUAGGCCAGUCCAUGUGUUGACCGGAGGUUCACCACCGCCGGCUACUCUUGUUAAGAAAGUUCAGCUGUUGGGGUUUCAAGUUAUGCAUGCCUAUGGGCUGACCGAGGCCACUGGUCCGGUUCUCUUUUGUGAAUGGCAAGACGAGUGGAACAGAUUACCAGAGAAUCAACAGAUGGAGUUGAAAGCAAGGCAAGGGCUAAGCAUCUUAGGACUAGCUGAAGUUGACGUGAAAAACAAGGAAACGCAAGAGAGUGUUCCGCGCGAUGGGAAGACAAUGGGAGAAAUCGUCUUGAAAGGAAGCAGCAUAAUGAAAGGAUAUCUAAAAAAUCACAAAGCUACAUUUGAAGCGUUUAAACACGGAUGGUUCAACACAGGAGACGUAGGUGUGAUUCAUCCUGAUGGGCACAUAGAGAUCAAAGAUCGAUCCAAAGACAUAAUCAUAUCGGGAGGCGAAAACAUCAGCAGUGUUGAAGUUGAGAAUGUUCUUUAUAAGUACCCAAAAGUCCUUGAGGCUGCCGUCGUGGCCAUGCCUCACCCUACGUGGGGUGAAACCCCGUGUGCAUUUGUUGUUGUAGAAAAGAGUGAGACUAAUAAUGAAGAUCAGGUGGAUACAUUUGUGACCAGAGAGAGAGAUUUGAUUGAGUAUUGCCGUGAGAAUCUGCCACAUUUUAUGUGUCCAAGAAAGGUGGUGUUUUUGGAAGAACUGCCUAAAAAUGGAAAUGGAAAGAUCCUUAAGCCUAAGCUAAGAGACAUUGCUAAAGGUUUGGUUGCUGAGGAUGAGGUCAAUGUUAGAUCUAAAAUAGUUCAACAGCGUGAAGAUAAACUUCGGGUUGAUCACUUUACUUCGCGACUUUGAACUUAUGCUUCUCCUACUUAUAUAUAUAUAUAUGGUUGUCUAUUAAGUAAUGAAAAAAAUGUGUUUCU